CUGCUGGGAGCGCGAGCCAUUCCUCAGGCAUAUAUCUAGAGGAGGCGUUGGUUGUGGAGAGGCCGGCGUAGCGAGGGGCGUUGCUUCAAGGCUGCACCACACAAUGAGCAUUCGGGCGCUGUGUAUCAUCAGCGUACCUCACAAGGAUGCGGCAACGACCAUCUACUACAAGCGAUUCCCAACAUGCGAGUUGCGAGCAAAGCACAUAGAGGGCUACGUACCACUGCCCUCACCCAAGGGCUUGGCUGCUGCUUUGGCAACCUGCCUGGAUGACACAGAUCUGCGGUCAUGGCGGAAACAGGUGGACCAGCCACUGCAGCUACCUGCGUUGGAGCUAUCCACCUCGGAAGGAACUCUGUGGCCUUUUGUCUUUGUAGAGAAGCUGGCUGCAAUCCUUGGAACGUGCCCUGCUGCCUGCGCGGAUCGACUGCGACUGCCUCCUGAGAUCGACGCAUGUCCCUUGUUUGACUCGUCACCUUGCGUCGACCAUGGUUUGCCGCCUUACGCAACAUUGAAACCCUACUUCGCAGAAGAAGCCAGUGUGACAUCGUCAUCAAGGCAGACGGACCACAUAACCGGCUGGCGGAACCCUUCGCCCUUCAGUGGGCAUUGGAUCGCAGCAGUGAUGCCGGCGGCUGACAACCCCCUUUGUCUUUUUGUUCAGCUGGCUGCAAUCCUUGGAACGUGCCCUGCUGCCUGCGCGGAUCGACUGCGACUGCCUCCUGAGAUCGACGCAUGUCCCUUGUUUGACUCGUCACCUUGCGUCGACCAUGGUUUGCCGCCUUACGCAACAUUGAAACCCUACUUCGCAGAAGAAGCCAGUGUGACAUCGUCAUCAAGGCAGACGGACCAUAUAACCGGCUGGCGGAACCCUUCGCCCUUCAGUGGGCAUUGGAUCGCAGCAGUGAUGCCGGCGGCUGACAACCCCCUUUGUCUUUUUGUUCAGCUGGCUGCAAUCCUUGGAACGUGCCCUGCUGCCUGCGCGGAUCGACUGCGACUGCCUCCUGAGAUCGACGCAUGUCCCUUGUUUGACUCGUCACCUUGCGUCGACCAUGGUUUGCCGCCUUACGCAACAUUGAAACCCUACUUCGCAGAAGAAGCCAGUGUGACAUCGUCAUCAAGGCAGACGGACCAUAUAACCGGCUGGCGGAACCCUUCGCCCUUCAGUGGGCAUUGGAUCGCAGCAGUGAUGCCGGCGGCUGACAACCCCCUUUGUCUUUUUGUUCAGGAAGGCUUGUACUUUGGUUGCUUGCCACUUGUGUCUUUGUCACCUACAGAGCAUCCUGACUUGAUUUCACUCCCUGAGGUGACCAUUGCUCUCUCGGCGGUCGAGGCGGUCGUCGAAGUUCUGGGUACUAGCAUCACUUCUCUCACUGCGACAUGCACACAGUUGCUGCAGGUGGAAGAGUUCUUGUCGGUGGCUGCCCCUUUUGGUCUGCUGCAGUUCACUCAGCCCAGUGUGGUUCGAGACAUUCUCAGGGACAAGGAGCUGUCUGCACCGGCCGAUGGUGUCUCCAAGGUGCCUGCAUGGAGGCCAACAGCAUUCCAUGGAAAACCAGAGCUGCGCAUACAGCUUCGGGAAAUAGUUCAGUGUACUCAGUGUGAACGGCCCGAUGUGAGCCCAGCGGCCGAGGUGACGGGAGUCCUGCAAGUGCACGCGGAGCUGGAGUGUCGGGAGCUCUCAGUUACCGUGGUUUCCUGUGAGACUCUGUCGCCUGCUCUGGCGCUUGGUGUACGACUCACGACUUACCAAGGUGCACAAGGUGCGCAAACAUGGUGCAUCCACAUGAGCCCACCUUCGACCCGUCCUGUUGAAGCUGUGCGCUACUCCCUGCCACCAUCAGUUGCAGUGCCCCCCAUCUUGGGCCUCUACUCCAUGAGGGGGGACAAGCGUAUUGAUUUUCUUCUCCAAUUGAAGCUUCAAGCAGGCAUCAAAAACGUGUUCCAGUCACUCGAUGUCAGGAUUCCAUUUUUUAACAGGGGCCGCAUCAGGAAGUCAAGCCUGAUGCCCAGCUGUGGCAGUGUCUCUCUGGCCAGAGACAAGUGCAGUCUUCUUUGGACGAUCGGCCAAAAGUUUCCAGCGUCUUCCCAAGAAGUCUCACUAACAGGCACCGUGCACUUUGAGGAACAACCAGCUGACAUAAAUCAGUCUACACUUUGCACAGGCCUCACAUCUUAUGCACAGGUUGAAUUCUGCAUGAUGAGUCGGACACUGAGUGGAUGCAGCCUAGAUCCCAAGUCUGUCCUAGUUACUCCUCUGGUCAAGUACAAGCUCAUUCUUGGUCAUCAUGUUGAGUCGUUCGAAUAUCGGAUAUGGAACAAGUUUGGAGAAGUGCCUUUUGCCACACCUGCAGUGACUGAAGACUGAACUUGGAAGUGAAAGCCCGUGAAAAUAAUUGUUUCACGUUUAAAAAUGAAGUUUUUUGUUUUUAGUUGUUUCAGAAAAUAAAUAUUUUUGAAAUUAA